CUGCUUCCGGGCCAGAGGUCAAAGGGGGGGACUUCGGCUCGAGACGCUAUGGCGAUGACGCGGGGGCGGCUCGCGAUGCUGGCGAAAGAAGCUGCUGCCCUGGAGCCGCCCAUGGCCAUGGCCGCCGCCGCCGAGGACGAAGAGGAGGAUGAGGUGCCCGAGGAGGUGACCUUCGAGCGGGCGAGAGCCGCGGCGGAGACCGAGCGGAGACAAGCCGGGGAGACCGCGCGGAGGGACAGGGAGCUGCUGAAGGAGAAGCGGCGGCGGCGAGAGGAGUUGUUCAAAGAGCAGAAGAAAAGAAAAUUACUUCCUGAAAAUGUUCUAAAGGAGUUAACUUCAAGACCACGGAUUAACAACAAUAACCUGUCUGCCACAACCAAACAAGGUAAAAAUCGAAAGAAGAAUGAAGUACGUAACAGGAGACGGAACAAUAAAGGAAAAAAACGGGUUGUUAGAUUGAAAGGACGCUAUAUGGCUGUACGCUUAAAAGACCAAGAUCUAACCAGCCAGCACCAAAAAGUGGCCAAAGACUUUAUACAGAGUCAUCUAUAUGGACCAGGCACCAACCGAACAACUGCAAACCAGUUCUUUUCUUUUGCAAACAAGAAGAGUCCAGUUAAAAAAGCUGCAGUUCAGUUUGUGAACAAAUCUUGGGGAAAAGAGAAAAAACAGAAAGCUAAGCACUUUAAAAAAUACUGGAUGUCUAAGAAGAAAAAGAAAAGCCCUCUAUGAUGGACAUGAAUGAAAUUUGCCAAGGAACAUGCUGGCUCUUUUUUUGCUUGUCUGUAAAGCUAACAUAUCCUAAAAAUAGAAAUUAAUUGUAACUGCUUUAAAAUGCAAGAAACAGCCACUUGACCACACACCCAAAGACAUCGCUGCAUAAACAUGUAAAGUUUUAUGCACUCACUAUGGCCAGCAGCCACCUUAUUUGUCUAGAGAUGUUUUUGGUAGGCUCUGGUAUAUUUUUAUUUAAAUUAAAAAAUAGUGGAGGACCAAAAAAGGUGAUAGUCUGAACAUGGAUUAACCUUCAGCAACUUUAUACUUUUUUUCCACAUCACUAAAUACCUUUCUUUCUCUUAAACCCACCACUGCUCUGAUGUCUGAGAAAUCAAUCGUUUUUUAAAAUCAAUAUCUAGCUGACAUACUCACCCUGCAUCUAUCAAAAUGUAGUUCUUGUACAUUAUACCAUAAUUGACAAUAAAACCUAUUUUACCAAAAUGUAUCAAGACAAUAAAACCUAAUGCUAUUUUAAGUA